GAUCCCCAGCUCAAGGGCAUAGUGACCAGGUUAUAUUGCAGGCAAGGCUACUACUUGCAAAUGCACCCCGAUGGAGCUCUCGACGGAACCAAGGAUGACAGCACCAAUUCCACACUCUUUAACCUCAUCCCCGUGGGACUGCGCGUCGUUGCCAUCCAGGGAGUGAAGACGGGGUUGUACAUAGCCAUGAAUGGAGAAGGUUACCUCUACCCAUCAGAACUUUUUACUCCUGAAUGCAAGUUUAAAGAGUCUGUUUUUGAAAAUUAUUAUGUAAUCUACUCAUCUAUGCUGUACAGACAACAGGAAUCUGGUAGAGCCUGGUUUUUGGGAUUAAAUAAGGAAGGGCAAGUUAUGAAAGGGAACAGAGUAAAGAAAACCAAACCAGCAGCUCAUUUUCUACCCAAGCCAUUGGAAGUUGCCAUGUACCGAGAACCAUCUUUGCACGAUGUGGGGGAGACGGUCCCGAAGGCUGGGGUGACACCGAGUAAAAGCACAAGUGCGUCUGCGAUUAUGAACGGAGGCAAACCAGUCAACAAGAGCAAGACCACAUAG